AUGGACUUUGAGGCAGAUGUAAGUUUGCAAGAAGAGACUGUACAAACUUUUAAACCUGAUGUUGUGAUUGGAAGCUCAUAUGGUGGUGCAAUAGCAGUCACUAUGCUCCAAAAGGGUACAUGGAUUGGACCGACCUUGCUGUUAGCGCAAGCAUUUGCAAUGUAUGCUCGAAAUGAUUCGGCAAAGUUGUGGCUUCCAAAAAAUAUCCCAAUCACAUUUAUCCAUGGUACUAAAGAUGCUGUCGUCGAUAUUAAGGGGAGCCAAAUACUCGCGGCAAAGGGCGAUCCGGAACUCGUAAAGUUGAUUGAAGUUGAUGACGAACAUCGAUUAAAUACGUUAGUUGGAAAUCAGCUGUAUGUAGAUGCAGUUAAAGAGCUCUAUGAUAAAUGGAAAGGCCUCCAGGCGGAAGCAGACAAAGAAGAGAGUGACGAUAAAUAA